GCAAACCCCAAGAUAACAAAAAAGACUCGCGUCCUUGUCUCUUCAGCCUCUCAGUCUAGUCUUUCACAAGUUUUAAUCUUAUAUUUCCAUUUUUUGCACGCUUUAUACACAUCACGCCUUUUGGCACAUGUCUGACACAACCUUUCGUGAUCCCCAGAGCGGCGGCUCGCUCAUCCUGGCGUGGCAGGCCAAGGCCAAGACCAUUCUGAUCGUCGGCGGGGGCGCAGUGGCUGCCGGGCGGGUAUUCAGCGCGCUCGAAGCCGACGCCCAUGUCGCAGUGGUUGCGCCAGAGCUGUGCGCCGAGCUGCAGUGCCGGGCAGACAGCAAGCAGAUCCAGUGGCACCAGCGGAUAUUCAAAGACAAAGACCUGGCUGGCGCCGACAUGGUGCUGACAGCGAUCAACGACGGAGACGAGUCGCGGCGGAUAGCGACCAUAUGCCGGGCACAGCGCAUUCCGGUCAACGCGGCGGACAUCAAUGACCUGUGCGACUUUUGGUUCAUGUCGACGCACCGCGACCACUCGGUGCAGAUCGCCGUGAGCACAAACUCAAAGGCACCGCGGCUGGCCAACCGCAUCCGGCGGCAGGUCGCAUCGGCAUUGCCGCGCGGCACGGGGUUGGCGGUCGAGCAGAUCGGGCGCUUGCGCCGGCGCAUUCGCGAGGUUGAUCCCAGCCCGGCCAACGGCAAGCGGCGGAUGACAUGGCUGACGCAGCUCUGCGACUACUGGCCGAUUGAGCAGCUGGCGCGCCUGGACUCGGACAACAUCGAUGAUCUGCUCGACGCAUAUGUGCAGCAGGCCGACCCAAAAUCCGUCAAAAUCGCACACAACUCGGCGCCAGCGUCGCCGGUGCUGGGCGGAUCGAAUGAGCACAGCGCGGCCAGUGGGUCGCUGGUCUUGGUUGGAGCCGGCGUCGGCGACCCUGACCUGCUGACCGUGCGAGCGCACCGAGAGCUGCUGCAGGCGGAUAUCGUGCUGGCCGACAAGCUGAUCCCCGAGCCGGUGCUUAGCAUUAUCAAGUGCGAGGUGUACACGGCGCGCAAGUUCCCUGGAGCCGCAUCCGAGGCGCAGGACGACCUGAACCGUCGCGGGCUGGAGGAACUCGCCAAGGGCAAGCGCGUCGUGCGGCUCAAGCAGGGCGAUCCCUUUGUGUACGGCCGCGGCGGCGAGGAGAUCCUCUUCUACCGCAGCCAUGGGUACGAGGCGCAGGUCGUGCCAGGGCUGUCCAGCGCGAUCAACGGGCCGGGGCUGUGUGGAAUCCCAGUGACGCACCGCGGCGUGGCCGACCAAGUGCUGAUAGUCUCGGGCGCCAACCGCGACGGCGACUUGCCCGUUGUGCCAGAGUAUCUCGACACGCGCACCCUGGUUGUGCUGAUGGCGGUCAAGCGGCUGCCUGCCAUUGUCAGUCUGCUGCGCGAGGCUGCUUACCCAGACAGCCUGCCGGUGGCUAUUGUUGAGCGCGCCGGAUGCCUUGACCAGCGCACUGUCAGAGCAACCGUGGCAUCCAUUGUUGAGGUGGUCGAGCGUGUCGGCCACAACGCACCUGGGCUCAUUGUCAUCGGCCGCUCUGUCAACGUGUUGUCCGAUGCUGCUAUCCAAGACCGCUUCCUCGAUGCAUCGACGCUUGGCCUGCACUCGGCAGAAUAGAACCGAU